CUUCCCUCGGUAGUAACUAUAAUGAUUUCUCGAAAGAUUUUUAUUUGUGUCGAAAUAAUCUUUCUCCUACUGGAUUUGAAGCUCAAUGGUAUAAACUUAUUGCAACGUAUCCCAAAACAGCUGAUUACUUUAAUUCCAAGCUUUAUCCUAGCAAAGAAAAAUGGGCUAAGACAUAUACAACCAAAUUCUUCACAGCUGGCAUUUCAUCGACAUCACAUGUUGAAAGCGAAAACUCAGUAAUAAAAAAUGUUCUUCAAGGCCGUCCCGGUCUUUGCGAACUCGCUACCAUUUUAGAUCUGCGGCUAUGUGACGAAGCACGAUAUGUUAAUCAUAAUAAGUGGUACCAUGCUAAUGCAAGUGCACAGUUGAGUGGCGCUUCUGCCAAAUGUUUUCCUGAAAUUGAUCGUAUUCUCAAAGAAUACCUUACUGAAGAAAUGCUUUCCCGGCAAAGACAUGAA